AUGAAUGUAGAUUAUGUCGUAACGUUAUCCAAUCAGACGGUUACCACAACGCCAAAUUUUGGCUCCCAGACUAAUAAUAAUUUCGCUCUGUUGCCCCUUUCUCCUCCUUGCACUGGUAGUUUUUUGACUGCUGUAGUAGAUACUUCUAACCUUGCAAUAGUCUUAACCGGCAAUGCCACUACUUAUACAAGAUUGGUAGCUCAAUCGUGUGCUGACGUGUGCGUAGAUUCUUGUGUUAAAAAUGAUACCCUCACCACUGCUCCACGAAGCGACAUCUGGUGUCUUCUCAUAGGCAAUCCUAAAGCCAAUACGAUCUCUCUCAAUGUUGCUUAUACGUUUGCUCUACCAGCUACUACUAUUACUGUAACUCCUAUCACUAGUACCACUAGCCCAGGAGCAACGACUACUCUUAUUACUAUAAGUGUCGGUGUUGAGAAAACUAGAUGGAACAGCACAAUUGUCUUCAUUUGGCUCGUGUGUAGUAUUUGGAUUUUGAUGAGAUCAGUUUAA